AUGUCUAUGAAUCGUCAAGCUAUUAUUGAUGCGUUCAUUGAACGUCAUCGGGCUAAUUUUAAUGAUUUAAUUGAUCACUUGACAUUGUAUUAUAAUAAAACUCGUCUACAUUUUACAUCUCUGUCUGAGAAAACCAAUCAACGUUACCUAUACCUAAGCAUUCUUGCAACAUUUAUUCUAUUAACUAUCAUUUUCUUAAUUAUUUUUGAAUAUCGUCGUUUAUUACAAUGUAUUCAAAAAUUUUUUAAAUUAGUUUAUUCUUAUAAACAAUAUAUAUUGAUAAGAAUAAGAAAUAAAUAUUUACAAAAACGAACGCCAUCACUUUUAAAUGCGUUAUUAAAUUCCAAAAGUCAUAUACGAGAAAAGUUUUACAAUGAAUUUGCACGAUCAUUAAACGAAGAACUUAAAAAUCGAAAGGAGCAACUCAGCGUGGAAACAUUGCAAUUUGCUAAUGCAAAAAUUCGUGAUGUUUCUCAAACUGCUAAUAAUAGCAAUGGUGAAACACCUGCUGAAAAGAUAGUCAUUAAUGCUGUCCUUGAUAUUGAUCAUUUAAUUCUUAAUAUUGUUAAUAAAUUUAAAGAACAACAUUUUUCUCUCGAGACACCGAAAUUAUCCGGUCAAUUGAAUGUUUUAUUGAUUAUUAAUCCGACUCAAUAUACAAUUGAAGCUAACCUUCAACAGCUUCAUAUCAAUCCAGUGAAUAUAAUUGAUCCAAAUAAUAAUUUAUCAGCCAAUGAAACACAAUCUAUUGUUAAAGUGCUAGACGAAACUAUUAAUCGAACCACUGUUCGAUGUUCGUUUCGCCUAUCAGAUAAUCAAGAGGAUAAACAUCAUGUUUCUCUUUAUAAUUCUGCAUUGGGAUCUUAUCCAGAUUCAAAACAACCGCAUUCAUCUAUCAAUCAACUAUCAUCAUCAUCGAUUCAAACAGCUGGAUCUCGUACUCGUGAAUCAGCUACAACGCGAUAUCAACUGUCGGAUCCCCUGCCGACAGUUUUAAUUAAUGAUUCUAAUCGAUAUAUAUUUACAAAAGAUCCAGCACUAGAAAAAGAACCAAAGCGAUUACUGAUUCGUGUUGUCAAAGCUGUUAAACUGCAUGAUGUCGAACAGCCAUAUUGUAUUCUCGAAUUAAAUUAUCCGAAACAAAUAAAACAAACAGAUAUUGCAAAAAAUGGUUUAAAUCCAUUUUGGGAUGAACGUUUUAUUUUUGAAUGUAACGAGCAAAGCAAUCUGAUACGCUUACAAAUAAUCGAUCAUAAAAAAUCAAAAAAAAGAAACAACAAUGACUACACUGACACCGUUUAUGCUGAUCUAUCAAUACCAUUUUCUUACGAGAUGAGUACAGUUUAUAAACAAGACAUACAAAUAAGUCAACAGUAUCCUGAAUCAAUUAUUCGACUCGAAAAUAUGCAACGACAACAGAGCUCACAUUUGCCGACUUUGCAAGCAAUUAAAUCCAAUUCUUGUUCAGACAUAACAGGCUUAAAAGACUUCUCAACAAAUAUGUUGCAACAACCAUCGUUAGACAAUCAUCGAUUAGAAGAAAACGAAAACUCGGACAGGUUUGAUCAUGUGCCAUUGUCACCGUUGGGACCGAGGCUGGCAGUUGUAAAUACAAAACACACUGCUACUGCAAUAAAACCGAUGGUGUCAACAGGUUUUACAGUUCAGUCACCAGCCCAUCCAACAGAUUUUACAGUUCAGGCACCAGUCCACCCAACAAGUUUUACAGUUCAGUCACCAGCCCAUCCAACAGAUUUUACAGUUCAGCCACCUGUCCACCCAACAAGUUUUACAGUUCGGCCACCAGUCCAUCCAACAGAAUGUUCAUCGUUGUUAUUUGAAACAACAUUGGCAAAUGCUACUAGAAAACCACAAGAACUACGUUCACCAAGUUAUAAAAAAUCUACCUCACUAGAUAUUUCAUUUUCAAGUAGUAAACAUUUUUCAACUUUGUCAGAAGAAGAAGCAUUGACCGCUAACAAUGGAUAUGAUGUCGAAAGUAUAGAUGACAGUCAAAUUUGGACGUAUAAUGAACGAGAUAUCAAUAAAAUCGAACAAAGCUAUCCACAACGAUAUCAGCAAUCACCAUCACAUGACUUUUUAUCAUCGCCUUAUGAAACGAGUACACUACCAAAAAAUUAUGGCCUAUCAACUAGUCUAUACGAUGAUAAUCCUGAUUAUUUAUCAACAAUACCACGAUCUUCAGACAUCGGUCCAAGUACAAAUACAUUUUCACCAUAUUCACCAUUAUCGAUUCGGGAUGGCAAUCAGGAAUAUGAGAAACCUCAAAAAUCAAAAUCAUUUAUGAACUCACUGAAACAUUUAACAUUACCACGACGAAAAAAUCGUAACAAAGACAAGCACAAUACUAGUAUGAAUUCAAAUACAAGUAGUAUCACGCAAUUAAAUAACAGUGUUCAAACACCGUCAACUAACCCUGUAGCACAUAGCUUUUCAUCAGCUCUACCAGGACCAACCCCCGAAUAUUUCCUCGCGCACCCAACUGAUGUACGACCAAUUCGUCGUAGUCGAUCCAUAUCACAAUCAUUUAAAAAUUUAUUUCGAUCAAAUUCAAAAAAGAAAGCACAUGCUGCUAAAACUGAUGCAUUAGAGGAAUAUGAAAAUGGUACACAUAAUUAUAUUGUUGAUAAUUCAAACUUUUUAUCGACAUCAACGCCAACUCAAAAAAAGCUUUCGUUUCUUCACCGACGUAAAUCAAAACAAAAAAAUAAAGAACAAGCUCAUUAUUCUGCGAACUCAUUGUCAAGUUUUGAUUGUUCAAGAAUGGAAUCUGUGCGCGAUACACCUGUUCGUGCAAAUGUCGGCCAUCCAGUAACGAUGACUAAAUCAUUUGCACAAUAA